UCUGUAUGGACGAUAGAAACAGAAAUCCGUAGGAGUUGAUGAGAGAAGUGCGUACACAUUUGUUGGACAUAGUUUUGCAGAUGCGAUCAAAAAUGUUGUUAUGGAUCGUCGAUACAGGCUGAAGCUUUAUUUGCUUCAAUCAUCUGUUAUUCCUGUGUGGUUAAGAUGUGUAAGUUUUAGUGCAGUGAUCGGAAACUUUUCCCAGUUGUGUAUUUCUGAACUCGAAACUGGGAUCAUCAGGCUUAACUCACUAUUCGGGUUCGUGGCAUCGUAAUGGCGCCCUUCAAGCUUAUAUUUACGUCAGUAUUAGUGUUGAUUUCUGUACAUAUUAUGAUAUUAGAGGGCUUAGAGACUCAAUGUACUGGCCCUCGAUGUUCUUCGACUAAAUGUCCUUCUAGUUGUUCUUGUCUGGGACCUCUUGUGGACUGCAGCCAACGGGGAUUAAUUGACAUACCCAGCGAUCUCCCAGUAUGGGUGCAAAAUUUAGACUUGCAGAAGAACAACAUCGGAUCCAUAGAUGAAUUUUCGUUUAGUGGACUUCGUAAUUUAACUGAACUAGACUUAAGCCAUAAUCAGCUGCGCAUUGUGAAUAGUACAAUUUUUCGCACGUUAGGUUCUCUGCAAAAACUGAUCAUUAAUCAUAAUCACUUGGUGGAACUUCCAGAAUUUGGCAGAAGUUUGCCUCUUGAAAUCCUCAGUGUAUCACAUAAUGAAAUCCAUAGUCUAAACUCUUCAGUUUUAGAAGAUCUUCCUAAGAUUCAUACCUUUGAUCUGAGCUUCAAUAAUUUGGUAGAUCUUCCUGCAAACACAUUUGGAAAUUCUUCUUCCUUGCAUCAUUUAAUCUUAAGUCAUAAUCGUCUUGUAAGUUUAGAAAAGGGUUUAUUUGAUAAUCUCACUUCUUUGGAAACCUUGAAAUUGAGUAAGAACAAACUGUCUUCAAUUCCUAAAGAACUGUUUCGGCAACUAAAUUCAUUACAGCAUUUAGAAAUAAAUUCCAAUAGUUUAACUCAAAUUGAAGGCCUUAGCUUCCAAGGGCUGGCUUCCUUGGCUACUUUAAAGCUAAGACAUAGUGGAAUAUCAUACCUACAGGAUGGGUCAUUUUAUGGCUUGAGUAACAUAAAGAAAUUGCAACUUGAUAAUAAUAAUAUUAAGAAAGUCACAAAAGGAUGGUUGUAUGGAUUGAAUUCCUUACAGCGCUUGUUUAUCAACUACAAUAACAUCUCAGAAAUAGAAGAUGAUGCAUGGGAUUCGGGGAGAAGGCUUUUAGAAUUGGACAUGUCUUUUAACAAGUUGCAGUCAAUUUCAUCCAAGUCAUUUGAUAAAUUAUAUGCUUUGAAGAGACUAAUCUUAAGUGAUAAUUUAAUCACUUAUAUUGAAGAAGACUCAUUUCGGUCCUUGGCAUCUCUGCAGUAUCUUGAAUUAAAGAACAAUGAAGUUUCAUGGAUUAUUGAGGAUACUGGAAAAGUAUUUGCUGGUUUAGUGAGGUUGAAAUAUUUGGGCAUAGCAAACAACAAAAUAAAAUCUGUUGUUAAAAGAGCUUUCAAUGGUUUGAAUCGAUUAGAGACUUUAAACAUGACUCACAAUGAAAUCACUUCAAUUGAAGAAAAUGCUUUUGAUGAUUUGAUGCAUCUUCAUGAACUAUACCUGAAUACCAGUUCCCUACUGUGUGAUUGUAAUUUGGCAUGGAUGCCUAAAGAAUUUCAUUUCAAAGCACAUGCAGUCUGUGGCUAUCCUGAGCGAUUACAAGGAAUUUCUGUGUUUGAAAUUUCACCAACAGAAAUGGUUUGUGAAAGUUCACCCAAACCUGUAAUUAUCAAAGAGCCUCCCACAAAAAUAACCUUAAAAGGAGAGAAUGUAACUUUGGAAUGCCAAGCCAGGAGUAGUGGGAAUUCAGAAAUGAAGUUCCAUUGGAGAAAAGAUGGCAAGCUGCUGCAAUCUGUUCGACAUCCUACAAGGAAUUUCAGCAUUAGACAAGGGAACUACACACUUUCAACUAGCAUUUUAAAUAUUAGAAAUAUUCAAGAUGAAGAUGAAGGUCGUUAUCAGUGCGUGAUUUCAAAUGCAUUUGGUUCUGUGUAUUCUGGCAAAGCUCGAAUUACUGUUCAUGUCUUCCCUGUUUUUACAAAAAUCCCUGCUGAUAUUGCCAUUAAAACGGGUAGCACCGCUCGUCUUGAGUGUGGAGCACGUGGUCAGCCCCGUCCUGACAUUUCCUGGCAGAAGGAUGGUGGCAUUGAAGAUUUUCCUGCUGCAAGGGAGCGAAGAAUGCAUGUCAUGCCCACAGAUGAUGUGUUCUUCAUUGUUAGUGUGAAGCCCAGUGACACUGGAGUAUAUAGUUGUACAGCCCAGAAUGUUGCUGGAACUAUUGUAGCAAACGCCACAUUGACUGUUUUAGAAACUCCGUCCUUUGUGAAAAAAAUGGAAGACAAGGAGACUCGUGCAGGCGAGACCACUGUACUAGAAUGUCUGGCAUCCGGAAGCCCACGUCCAAAGUUGAAAUGGACCAAAGAUGGUGGGCCGCUGUAUGCCACCGAACGACAUUUCUUCACAGCUGGCAACCAACUGCUCAUUAUUGUGCAGACGCAAAGCUCUGAUGCUGGUUCAUACACUUGUGAGAUGUCCAAUACCCUGGGAACAGAGAGGGGAUCUAGUCAUUUAAAAGUUCUACAAGUUAAUCAGAAUGGAUUCCCAGUGGAGGAAAAUCACACUACUACUGGUGUUAUAGUCAUUGCUGUUGUGAUCUGCAUUGUGGGAACGUCCAUAGUGUGGGUGGUAAUCAUUUAUCACACUAGAAAGAGAUCGGAGGAGUAUCCCCAAGCUGCUACCAGUUCAUCUGCACACUCUUCUGAUCUAGUACCCUACAGUUCAUGUUCUGGGAUGUGCCCAAAAGAGUACAUGAAGCCUGCUGGCAGAAAUAUGUUUCUUGAUUCACACUCAGGUCAUUCAAAAGACAGUGGCACCGGCGACAGUGGUCAGCAGAGCAGUGAUGACUUACUAUUGGAAGAUGAUCAUGGCCUUCUGAUUGAAGCAAGAGGUCCAUCCAAAUUUGGUGGAAUUCCUGUUGUAGGGAGUUUGCUUGCUGAGCCAGAAAAUGGUGAAGGUAGUGAUGCUUUGAGAGAAGUGUAUGUGUCUAGAAACAGUUCAAUGUCAAAAGAGCAGGUACCUCUAUUACAAACUUUCAGGACUAGUCUUAAAAACUCUGACCAGCUGCAUCCCAUGUUGAAUGAACCGGUACAGAGGUCAUUUUCUGUGGGACAGUUAGGUGGUGUGCCGGUCACUUUGUGUGAUCCUCCUCGAGAAUCCUUUCUCCGCACGGACAGUGAUGUGACAGAGAGGGAUUCAGGGUUUUCGACAUUGCCACGAAGCAUUACUCUGGCUUCAGUUAGCAAUUGGAGUGGAGAUUCUCCCAGGUUCCGGAGACUGCCAAAAGAUAUUCCUAAUGACAGUGGGAGCUUUUCCAUAGGUGGAGAUGAAGCACAGGAGCUGGCAAACAGGUGUCGUUCUAUCACAGCACUUCCGACGCAUGUUAUAGUGACUAGCAAAAGUUGCACAUGUGUUCCCAGUGCCGUGGCCACUAAGACAUAACAAUAGUUGUGCUCCUCACUUCGUAUUAUGUACAUUUAUUUUUAAAGAUUGUAUUUAUGCAUAGUCAUCAUCAUUCAGUGUGCAAGCACAGCUCUUUUCUCUUUGUACAUAUGGUGUAGCAGCUAAUAAAUCUUUGUAUAUUUAGUGUAGAUAGAAUAGAUUUAUAUAUGUUGUGAAAGUGAAUGUGAACUACCUCAUGGUGUAAUGGAGGGCCUUUGAUCCAAACCAAGAAUAUGUCUUGAAAAAAGGUUUAUGCUAUAGCUAUUAGUCCCACCCCCUAGCCUUUGAUUUGAACUGCAUGAUUUUACUGAGUAUUGAAACAGAUAAUUAGAAGUUGUUUGUACUAUAGUUACGAAGUGUGAAUUGGACAGCCUUUAUUAUUAUAACUGUCUGUUUAUGUUUGCAAACCCAGCUUACAAAUUUAGAGAUUUUUAUUUUAAAAAUUAAAUUUCUAUUGAGAUCAUGAUUGAUUUCUUUUUUUCAUACAUAAAAGCACUAUAUUACAUUAUUGUUGUUACCUGUUGCAUCGAUAAUAAUAUUGUAUUAUAAAUAAACAAAUUAACACUUUAGUUUGCUGGUAGAAAGUUAAAAUUAUUUUAAACUACUUUAUUAUGUUACCCAUUAAUCAGCAAUUAUUUGGUAGCUGAAUCUCUCUAAAAUGAUGACACUUGAAUGUGUAAAGAACAAUUGAACAUAUCUGUAAUAGAUCCUAUCAUCUUUUUAAAUAAAUCAAUACUUCUUUAAAAAAAGACUGCCUUUGAUUUAAAAACCUUAAUUGUCCUAUGGAUUUGUGUCUUCAGAUGCACGGGUAUUAUUAUUGGCAACUAUUUAAAAUAAUUUUGCGAGUCCAGUAAUCUAUUAUGCAAAUUCAUCUAUAUAUUAAUCGAAGUGGAUUGUCGUGAAGAGCUUUCUAAACCUGCAAGAAAUUAUAUUUAAGUAUUUUUUUUUUAUUAUAUAUGUAUACAGUGUAGGGGUUUUAAUUACAAUUAUUUUUUUUAUGUCCGUUAUUUUGUUGCAGAUAUUUAUUUAUCAGUCUGGUUUCUCUAGUUGAUUGCUUGCACGAUGUUGUGUGAUUGCUUUUAAAAUGUUUGAACAAAUGAGCCAAUUAUGUUUUGAACAUUCAUCUGAGUUCAUGUUUUUAUCUUGGAUUGGUACAAAGGUCCAUGUAAAAGCUAUCAUUGUGGUAUUGUAUAGCUGUAGAAUUACUGAUAUUUUAUGGCCUGAGCUGUGCUAAUUGUGCACUUUAAUGUAAAUAUGUACAGAGAUUGAUAUUAGAUUAUGAAAGUCUUAAGAUUGUAUUAUUGCAAAACAAAGGAUAAACUAAUUUCCUGUCAAAUUAAAAAAUUUUAAAAAAACUUUUUAUGUGCCAUAGUGAUUAGAUUCAUAGUACUUCAUCAAUUCAUUUUGUAAUUAUCUGAAAUUGUGUAUUUUUGAUUUUAUCUGAAAGGAAUAUAUGUAACAGGCCUUCUUAAUCUUUCUUUAUUUACGAUUCUAUUUUGGCUGAAGAAAUAUUUUACUAUGAUUGAAAAUUUCAUCUGUGACCACAAGUACGGAAUCAAAAUUGGAGAAUGAAAAACUGUUAAUGACAUACAUAAAGGAAAUUUAACAAAUCUGUUUAUUUGAAAUUUGAUUUGUUGUAAAGUAAGAUAAUUUUUUAAAAUUAUAUAUGGUUAUACAUAUAGGAAAAAACUAGUUGCCAGUAUUUUCACUAUUACAAAAUUAACAUAGCUUCAUUUAAAAUUGAAAGCCAUAUUUUAAGAAUCUUGGUAUGUAAACUUUCUGUUGCUGCAUUUAAUUGUUUAUCAAAGUGUUACUCUUUCAAAUUUUAUAUAAUUCUAAGUUAAACAAGUUUAGUUUUUAUAUUAUAAAAAAAUCAUUAUUUGUAUUUUAUCAAUAGCUUGAAAUUUAAAAUCUGUUUAGAUAUAUUUAAGAUUUAAACAAAAAAACUGAAUAAUAGCAGUGUGAAUGAUAUUUAUUGUAUCUGAUUCCAGUUUCUUCAGAUUUUGAUUCCAUGAGAAUGCAAUUUUCUAUUAUUAGACAUAUUUUGCAAUGUGAUGUAUUUUGUAAUAAAUGUGUAUAAGCUUUAGAACAUAGUUCAAUUUGAUAGCCAUAGAAAAUGAAGUAUUUUGGCAUUGGAAAACAUUUCUGAGUUAAUGUUCUCUGUAACCUAGCUUGUGUUAGGCUAUGUAAAAAAAAAAAAAAAAAAAAAAAAAAAAACUCUGGUAAAUAUCCAGUUAAUAGAUCAAUAGAUAAAAUACAUUGUCAUUUAAAUAAAAUUGUUUUUCCUUCUUGUUGAAUGCAUGUAUCUCGGAUCAUUAUAUUUAAAAACACCCCCUUCUGUGUUGUCCUGUUUCUCUGUCUCCUUCAUCUUUUUAAAUAAAAUAGGUUUGCUUGAUAAGUUGUUUCAAAUUGUAUUAAUAUUUAAAGCUUAGAUUGAGUUUUAUGUUAAAUAACAGUGUCUAUGAGUAGUAGUAAUUAUAAUAGUAAUAAUAUUUUUACCAAUAAAAUUCAUGUUGUUAAAAGACACUAAAUAAGUUUUUUCAGAUAGCUAUAAUUUAAUAUUCAUAAACAUAUGAAUGUUUAUAUGUAUUUAUGCAUAUAUGAUGUAUGUUUAUGUAAUAUCUAUAUGAUGUAUGUUUAGAACAAUUAUUUAUUAGUUCCUAUUUGUUAUUUUAAUAAUACCUUAUGAGGAAAGGGAAUUAAUUAACUGUGCAACUUCAGUGCCAUUAAAAACAUUUAUUACUUUUUUUCUGAAUCAGUCAGAUUUUAUAUUUUAUCUUUAGUGAUUACUUCGAUUUCUGAUUAGAACAUUUUAUUAAAAAUGAAAGAUUCCGCUAAUGAUAAACUGUAUUUAUUAACUUAAUCUUCCUGCCCCUCAUUAAUACUUGCCCUCUUGUUUUUGUUGCUUAAUGCAAGAUUUGUUUAUGCUUAUAUAAUUACUUAGUGUGGUUUAUUUUAAAUCACUGCAUGGUUACUAAUAUGUGCAUUUUCACUUUCUAAACUCAUUUUGAAAGAGAGGAUGUGUUACGACCUCCGUCUUUAAUUGUAUCUGAAAUCUUUAGGGUGUGUAAUAACUUAUUUAAAUAUUAAUGUAAACAAAUAUUCUAUGUAGCUCUUUCCUCAAGAUUGUUCAUAGUAAUUUUUUGUGCAUUCUGAGACUCAAAAGUGAAAAUAUCUAUAAUGUGUGUAAAAAUAUUUUUAAUAUGUAAAAGAAAACUAUUAGCAGUAUAGUAUAGCAUAGUCAUGUGAAGCCAAAUUUGUUGUAGCUGUCAACGUUUUAGAAGUAGUUGAUUGUAGAGUUUUGUUGGAAGAACCAAUUGUUUGAGAUUCAUUGUAUUAAAUUUUAGUAGUAAAUCAAAUAAAAACACCAUUUUUCUUUCUUUUUGGAUAAUUUUAACAUCAGCUAUGUAUUUUGAUAGUAUAUAAUUCACCAUGUACUGUUUAGUAAACAAAUCUAUAUAUAACUUUCCUCCAUUGUGCUCAUAAGUUCUUAAUUUAACCAGUUCAUAGAAAAUUCAUUAGAAGUACUUAUUUCAUGCGUUUUUCACUAAUUUGUUUCUGGUGCCAACUGUGCUUCAUAGUGAAAUCUUCAGAUUUUGGAUUAAUGAUUUGUUUGAAAUUAUGAGAAGUUUUUUUGUUGCCAAUUACUGUACAAACUGUAAACUAUGAAAAAUAUGUUUGUUCUGUACUAUUUAAAUACUUUUCUAAACUCAUUUCUGUACAGCCUGUGCAAAUAAAGUGAAAGUUAAGAA